AGCUGCUGAGAGAACUACACACAGGAGGCGGGGUCCAGAACGAGGGUGGACGCGGCCGACUGUGGCGAAGAAGGCUUUAGUGGCAGCAUGAAGCGCGCCCAGACUGCGGAGGAACGAGAGCGUGAAGCUAAGAAACUGAGGCUCCUUGAGGAGCUUGAAGACACCUGGCUUCCUUACCUGACCCCCAAAGAUGAUGAGUUCUAUCAGCAGUGGCAGCUGAAAUAUCCUAAACUGGUUCUCCGGGAAGCCGGCAGUAUAUCUGAAGAGCUGCAUAAAGAAGUCCCCGAGGCCUUCCUCACCCUGCAUAAACAUGGCUGCUUGUUUCGGGACCUGGUUAGGAUUCAAGGCAAAGAUGUGCUCACCCCAGUGUCUCGCAUCCUCAUCGGGGACCCAGGCUGUACCUACAAGUACCUGAAUACCAGACUCUUCACAGUGCCCUGGCCAGUGAAGGGCUGCACCAUCAACUACACCGAGGCUGAGAUCGCGGCUGCCUGUCAGACCUUCCUCAAGCUCAAUGACUACCUGCAGGGUGAGACCAUCCAGGCCUUGGAAGAACUGGCUGUCAAAGAGAAGGCUAAUGAAGACGCUGUGCCAUUGUGCAUGGCAGAGUUCCCCAGGGUUGGCAUGGGGUCAUCCUGUGAUGAUGAAGUGGACAUUAAGAGCAGAGCAGCCUACAACGUGACUUUGCUAAACUUCAUGGAUCCUCAGAAAAUGCCCUACCUGAAAGAGGAGCCCUAUUUCGGCAUGGGGAAAAUGGCGGUGAGCUGGCAUCAUGAUGAGAAUCUGGUGGACAGAUCAGCUGUGGCGGUGUACAGCUAUAGCUGUGAAGGCUCUGAGGACGAAAGCGAGGACGAGUCCAGCUUUGAGGGCAGAGAUCCCGACACUUGGCAUGUUGGUUUCAAGAUCUCAUGGGAUAUCGAGACGCCAGGCUUGGCAAUACCUCUUCACCAGGGAGACUGCUAUUUCAUGCUAGACGACCUCAAUGCCACCCACCAGCACUGUGUUUUGGCUGGUUCACAGCCUCGAUUUAGUUCCACCCACCGAGUGGCAGAGUGCUCGACAGGCACCUUGGAUUAUAUUUUACAAUGCUGCCAGGUGGCGCUGCAGAAUAUCCUCAACGACUCAGACAAUGGUGACGUCACUCUGAAGUCCUUGGAACCUGCAGUUUUGAAAAAAGGAGAAGACAUCCACAAUGAGGUCGAGUUUGAGUGGCUGAGGCAGUUCUGGUUUCAAGGAAAUCGAAACAAAAUUUGCAGUGACUGGUGGUGUGAACCCAUGACUCAGCUGGAGGAGCUGUGGAAGAAGAUGGAGAGUGUGACAAAUGCUGUGCUUCGUGAAGUUAAAAGAGAGGGGCUCCCUGUGGAACAAAGGAAUGAAAUUCUGGCUGCCAUCCUGGCCCCGCUCACCGUGCGCCAGAACCUGAGGAAAGAAUGGCACACCAGGUGCCAGUCCAGAAUCAUCCGGUCUUUACCAGCUCAUCAGAAGCCAGACUGCCGGCCCUACUGGGAGAAGGAUGACCCUUCCAUGCCUCUGCCCUUCGACCUCACAGAAGUGGUUUCCGAGCUCAGAAGCCAGCUUCUGGAAUCACGGCCCUAGAGGAAGCACAAGUCUUUGGUGGAGAAGGAAAAGAUAGCGUUGGCUUUCCUUCCCAAACCUAGGACAAGGGUAGUGUAAACACCUCUCACCCCAUAGGUGAUAGGACCUGGGUUCCAAUUCAAGACAGCCAGAAAAUAAAGCUCACAAAUUCUAAAAUGUUGAAAAAUCACUCAGUAUUUUAGUCUGAUUUGGUGUUAAACUAGAACACACACACACACCCAAAAAGUAUUCCCCGACCUUUUUUGCCCCUUUGGGAACCCUUUUGUCGUGAGCUAAGCCUGUGACAAGCCUCACCUUCUUUCCUCUCUAGCUAGCCACCUCAGAGACUGGGAAUAGACCCAGGCAUUGGACCAUAGAACUGGACAGAUCUAUCCGAGCUUCUCACCUUAGCUCUGGAGGUUGGACCAUCCAAGAUGGCAGUUACUAGCUCACUGUGGCUGCAGACCAACUAAAUUCAGCUUGAUUAUAGUUGGAAAAAUCCCUUCUUCGGUUGCCCUGGCCACGUGUCAGGUGACUGGCAGGAGGGUAUCGGUGACUGUGGUUUUAGGCAACAUUUGGAUGUUUCCAUGUUUCAAGUUUAAACCCUCUUAUGGUUUUCUGUAGCAGCUAUUACUGCCAUAACCAUAGAGGGAAGAAAGGGAAAGCAACUGCUGAACAGUAACCCUCCCUCCUCAGAGACGAAGCUCAGUGAGGGCCUGACUGUGAGCCCUGUACACUGCACACGGGAAGAGGAAGGAACAGCAAAGGAAAUAGCCACAUCCUGGCUUCACGGGGCUUCCCUGAUCCAGUGGCAGGCCCGCCCCCUAAAACUCCCCCAUUUGCGGGUACUGAAGCACGGGAACUUGAAGGACCCAACUCCCCAUCCCAGUGAUGCCAGAACAUUUUAGGCUAAGGGGAGAUGUUAAGCCUGAAUUCUAAUUUCAAAGUGCCAGGAUUACGUUUUCCCACUCACUGUGUGACCUUCUCAUGUCCUUGUAUCUUAGUUUCCUCGUCUGUAUGGUGGGAGGGUUAAAAGUAUUAACUGCUAACAUGAAGAUUAAGUGACAUGACCGAGCUACAGACCUGAAGCGAUUUCUAGCAUACCUAGCUCAACGCCCGAUACGUAUUAGCGUUGUUAUGUGAGCUGCCCUGGAUUUGGCAGUCUUCCUCCCCCGCUGCAGUCCUUUACUGUCUGUGUCUCAAGGCCCAUAUCUUUUUCUGCUGUCCUGAGGCCUUUUGGUGGCUACAGAAAUGUUGACAAUAGUUAGCCCCUUCCCUCAGCCUAUGAUUUUCUUGUAUUGGUCGGGACUUUCUGCAUGUCGAGUGUGUACAAACACAAUAGUGUUUUUGCUGCAGUCAGGAUCCGGUCUGAGAUGCCUUCCCGGGCCAGAAUUAGCCCUCGGAGCUGCAUUUCCCAAAGAAGCUAGGAUUUCGUGGUGCAGGGACCCAAGUCUCUUAGGCCUUGAUUUAUCCCCUUUUAUUACUGAGCUGCAACUUCCUCAUCAGUACAGAGGUGAGGUCCAUUCUCAGAGGGUACUAGCAUAGAUGAAGUGAAAUGACCUAAGAAAGGUGUAGUUGGCUUCAGAUGUCACAGGCUGGCCUAUCACCACAUCCCCCGCCGCCUGGCUCUGGUUCAUUAGGCCCCAUGCUACUUCCUCUGUGCUCUAUUGCAUUAGAUGCCAAAAUUAAAAAUUGGGAGAUUCCACAUAAAAUAAAAUUUUUUGCAUUCUCUUUAGAAGUCAGGACACCUAUGAGCUCCUGGGUCUCUACUCGCAUGGCAGUGGCUUGGCAGUGUGUGUGACCUCUGUGCUCUGCUACGACCCUGCUACUCCUUGGCAUCAUUUUGUAAACAUGCUCCUCCCAGCAGUGCUUUCUAAACCUGCUUGCUCACACCCUUUAGUAGAAAGCAGUAGUGUCGAGUGCUCAGUAUGUGUUCCUCCUGUUGAACUGUGUUCAUGGUCUGCUUGUACUGCUGUGCUGUGUGCACCUGAUCAUACACAAUAAAGAUGAGAAACCA